AUGAUUGUUAAGGAGUAUCGUGUAAUUUUACCUAUGACAGUUGAAGAAUAUCAAGUUGGUCAACUGUAUUCCGUUGCUGAAGCUUCCAAAGGAGAGACAGGUGGUGGUGAUGGCGUGCAAAUAUUGGUCAACGAGCCGUUCGAUCAAACAACGUAUAAGCCUGAUCGCCCUUUAUUAAAAGGAGACCCAAGGUUCAGCACUGGGCAAUACACCCAUAAAUACUACCAUCUUGCGCACAAGGUACCAGGGUUUGUUCGUGUUAUCGCUCCUGAAAGUGCAUUCGUUUUCAACGAAUAUGCGUGGAAUGCUUAUCCCUACUGUCGAACUGUUAUCACAAAUAAUUACAUGAUGGAGAAGUUUAGUGUAACAAUUGAAUCUCUUCACGUGGACUCCUUAGUAAAUAUAGAAAAUGCUCAUCAGUUAAGUCCGGAAAAAUGGGCGGAAGUUGAAGUGAUCUACAUAGAUAUUGGUGAUAUUUCUCAGGCAGACAAAGAUUAUAACCCUAAUGAAGAUCCUACAACUUUUCGCUCUGAAAAGACUGGUCGUGGGCCCUUAAAACCGAAAUGGUGGGAGAAUGGUUACAAAGGACCGAUUAUGUGUGCAUACAAACUUGUUUCAUGUGAAUUCAAAAUGUGGGGAAUGCAAGGACGUAUAGAGAAGAUGAUUCAACGGCAAGAACGACGCCUGUUUGCUAACUUUCAUCGUCAAGUAUUCUGUUGGAUGGAUAAAUGGCACGGUUGGACAAUGGAAGAUGUGAGAAUACAUGAAGAGCAAACUAAAAAGGAAUUGGAAGAACAACGUAUCCAAGGCAGCUUACGAGGUCAUGUCACCGAAGAGUUCCUCUAUGUGAGGCAUCAUAAUACGAUAAAGACAGAUGAUGAUGAUGAUGAUGAUGAUGAUGAUGAUGAUGAUGAUGAUGAUGAUGAUGAUGAUGAUGAUGAUGAUGAUGAUGAUGAUGAUGAUGAUGAUGAUGAUGAUGAUGAUGAUGAUGAUGAUGAUGAUGAUGAUGAUGAUGAUGAUGAUGAUGAUGAUGAUGAUGAUGAUGAUGAUGAUGAUGAUGAUGAUGAUGAUGAUGAUGAUGAUGAUGAUGAUGAUGAUGAUGAUGAUGAUGAUGAUGAUGAUGAUGAUGAUGAUGAUGAUGAUGAUGAUCGUAAUAAUCAAAAUAAUUAUAAAUCAUUUGGACAAUUAACUUUUUUUUUCUGA